AUGCCACUGACGGCCGCCGCCGCAGAUAGCGACCGUAGUGCCGAGCAGGAUGGGGGAAGGUGCUACACAGGCAUGCCGGGGAUCCCGGGGAAUCACGGGAUCCCGGGAAACCCGGGCCCGAUCGGUCCUCUUGGGCGAGAUGGACGGGACGGGCAUGACGGCCAGCCUGGCAAGAACGGCGAUAAAGGAGACCAGGGGGAUGAUGGCGUGAAAGGGGACAAAGGGAGCGCAGGAGAGGCCGGGUUGCCUGGAAAAUUUGGACCGAUGGGCCCCGCUGGAGAGAAAGGGGAUCGUGGACUUCAGGGUGAAAAGGGAGACAAAGGAGAAGUCCCGGCUGCCAUCCCCAGAUCCGCAUUCACCGUGGGUCUGUCUGGAUCUAACCCUCGCAGCGGCUCCCCUAUAACAUUCGGCAAGGUCACGUACAAUGAGCAGAAUCAUUACAACACGUUCACCGGCAAGUUCACUUGCCAUUUCCCGGGCGUCUAUUACUUUGACUACCAUCUCACCGGUAGCAGUGGCAGCAUCCGGGUUUCCCUGAGACGCAAUGGACACGCAGUUCAGUUUAGAUAUUCCUCCGUCACGGCCUAUUACAGCUUGUCAGGCGCUUCAGUCUUGCGUUUGACAAAGGGUGAUGAAGUGUGGCUACAAACAGAAAGUUCUCACACAAAGGUUUACACAGAUUCUGGCGCUGACGGCACCUUUUCAGGUUUCCUACUGUACCCCGACCUGCCCUUAUAA